GUUUAAAUUCAGUUAAGUGGUAGUCCCAAAUAAAUAAAACAAUAAUACGCAAAUUCAUAUUUUUUUUAUUAGAAACGUUAUUGUUGUACUUUUCAUAAAUUUUAAGUAAAAAUGUUAUGAAAAUAUCGUUAUUUUUAGUAUACGAGGGACAAGGGAAGACAUUAAACUAACAAAAAACAUUUUUUCAUAAAAUGUAUUCAAUAUUUUUGAAAGUUCCUGUAGGAGCGUUGAAAUCCUUCAAUAACACAUCAAGAGGAACAAUACUUCCAUUGGUUAGAAACAUUUACAAUCAACAAGGGCUUGGUACAUCAAGGUCUGAAUGUAAGACACAUACCCAUGAAGAUCAAAUUAAGAAAAAUAAAUUAUUAUUAUUUUCUUUAUUAUUUGGAGUCAGUACUUUUACAAUUUAUAAAACAUGGUCACAAUAUAAUAUUUUUCCAUCAAUAAUUGCUGCUGAACAAGUAGCAGAGUCUGAGAGUGAAUCAGAAAGUGAGAUGGAGACAAGGAAAAAGAGAUUUAGAAAAGAGAAAAUAGGCUUUAGAGACAGAAAGAUAAUUGAAUACGAGAAUCGAAUGCGUCACUAUUCCACUCCGGACAAGGUAUUUCGUUAUUUUGCCACUCUCCAAGCGCAACAUCAUGAUCAACAUGAGGUCUUCAUGACUCCGGAUGAUUUUCUACGCUCUAUGACGCCUGGAGUUAAACAACCAGAUGGUUUGGGCCUUGAUCAAUACAGAAGAUAUGAUCCGAAGAACGUCAGUGAGACUAUAAGCCAACGUUUGAACUUGGACCUUGAUGAAGAUUCUAUAUUUUACAAGCUGGGAUCCUCUGGAUUGAUCACGUUUAGUGACUACAUUUUCCUGUUGACUGUGCUUUCAACGUCCCGCCGCCAUUUUGAAAUCGCGUUUCGAAUGUUUGAUCUAAACGGUGAUGGCGAUGUAGACUGCGAGGAGUUUGAGAAGGUGGCUGCCCUCAUUCGACAGCAGAGCAGCAUUGGAUCACGGCAUCGCGACCAUGCUAAUACUGGCAACACUUUUAAGGGAAUAAACUCAGCAUUAACCACCUACUUCUUUGGACCGAAGCUCAAUGAGAAAUUGACUAUUGAAAAGUUUUUGGACUUCCAACAUCAGUUGCAAAAGGAAAUACUAUCUUUGGAGUUUCAAAGGAAGCAACCAGAUGAAAACGGCCGUAUAACGGAAGCAGAUUUCGCGGAGCUGUUGCUGGCCUAUGCCGGAUAUCCCGCUAAGAAGAAAGCCAGGAUGCUGAAACGUGUUAAGAAAGCAUUUCGCGACCACGGCGUCGGAAUAACAAAGGACGACUACCUAAAGUUCUUCCACCUCCUAAACAACAUCAACGAUGUGGACACGGCACUUACGUUCUACCACAUAGCGGGCGCGUCCAUCGACCAGCCGACGCUCCGACAUGUCGCCAACACCGUGGCCCACGUGGACUUGGAUCCUCACGUCAUUAAUGUGGUCUUCACCAUAUUCGAUGAGAAUAUGGACGGACAACUAAGCAACCGAGAGUUCGUGGCUGUGAUGAAGAACAGGUUGCUGCGAGGUCUGGAGAAGCCGAAGGACACUGGAUUCGUCAAACUCAUGUAUUCGCUCAUUAAAUGCGCCAGAGACACAAAACCGGCAUUACUCGAUUUUUAAUAAAUUAUAGAAUUAAAAAUAUAUAUGUCAAAAUUUUUUUAUUACUUAAUAAAUUUGAUUGUACCCUCAUAAUAAAUUUUCCAUACAUACUGUAUUGGUCUUUUACCUUCAAAUAUGGUCACGGACCAUGUUAUAAUACAUUAUGAUAUUCGUGUUUGAGUUAAAUUAAAUUUACUAUGAUUCUAUUUUAUAUAGAAAUCAAGUUAUAUGUUAUUGUAAACUAACUAAUAUUUUAAGUGUUACUUAACAUUUAACUGUAUGCCAUGUUUUAAAUAAUAAUAAUGCAUUUAUAAAAAGUAUAAUUAAUAAAAUAUUGUUAUCUCCACCUAUUUCGUAUAACAUAAAGACAGAGAAUCUAAAACGAAAGAGAAAAUUAUACGUUUUGUUUGUAGUAAUUCGUCAAACGAAACGACGCAUCGUAUCGAGUAUCUGUGAUUGGCCAUCCUUGGCCAGCCAUCUUGUUUCCAAUCGAUGAAUGUAGGCGCGCUCUGAUCGCAGGUGCUGAGACCUGAAAGAUGGUG